AUGCAAGGUCUUGGGUAUGGCAGCAGCCGGAAAAGUCAGCAAGGAAGGCAAAGCCGCAGCCGCAGUGCCAGACACACACGGGCAGCCAAGUGUUCGCAAAUAUCUGUGAGCAGCUGCAGCACAAGCAGUUACACAUCAUCCGAUGAGGAUGGCUACAGCUCUUCAUACUCAGAAGUAUCACAGGCAGCGGGAAAGGUGGGCGCAGGCCCACGUCUUGAGAAGGACGAGGUCCAGCACUUUGAGUGGCGUGCUGGCUUGCAGAUGAACUCCCGCUACGUUGUGAGCAAAUUCCUGGGCGAUGGCACGUUCGGCCGAGUGCUGCAAGCAAAGGAUUGCAAGCGAAAUCGCCAAGUUGCCAUCAAAAUCAUCAGAAAUGUGGAUAAAUACACCCGCAAUGCCAUGCGAGAGGCGGAGAUCUUGCAGGACAUCCGGGCUGCAGACCCCAAGCAGUGCCACGGCUGCGUCCGUUUGCACGAAACCUUCUUUCACGAAGCUGACGGUGAACGAUUGUUUUGCUUGGUGUGCGAGGCUCUCGGCAUGUCUCUGUACGAUCUGCUGAAGCAGAACCACUAUCGCGGACUUUGGAUGCAGGACAUCCAGAGCAUAUCCAAACAGUGCCUGCAAGCCUUGCGAUUUCUCCAUGCAGACCUCAAUCUCACGCACACCGACCUCAAGCUGGAGAACGUGCUCUUAAGAUCAUCGGAAGCUCCGGCGCCAUCCAAGUUCCCAAGAGAGGAGUUUUGGCAGUCACAGCAAUCCUCGCCUUCGUCAUCGCGGCGAACAGCAGGCUCAUAUGUCCGCCCAGUAUGCACAGAAAUCAAACUAAUUGAUUUCGGCAAUGCGACAUAUGAGCUCGAGCACCACUCCUCGAUCAUCAACACCAGGCAGUAUCGAGCACCGGAGGUAAUCCUAUCGCUCGGUUGGAAUGAAUUGUCUGAUCUAUGGUCAAUCGGUUGCAUCGUUUCGGAGCUUUACACUGGCGAGCUUCUGUUUCGCACGCACGAGAGCUUGGAGCACUUGGCCUUAAUGCAGCAGGCUGUGCAGAGGUUUCCGCACUCCUUGCUGCAGAAAGCAGGGCAAAAUCGAAACGACCGGUUCGUCGUCAAGGACACUCACUCGACAUGGCGACUUCGUUGGCCGGAGGGCGCACUUUCGGAGUCUUCAAGCAGUAAGGUCCAGCAGCAGCAGAGUUUACACGAGAUGGUCCAGAAACGCCACAGGUCUCUGGCAGAUUUCACCGAAUCUCUCCUCAUCCUGGAUCCUACAAAGCGUCCUUCGGCCAGACGCGCCCUGGAGCACGUUUUCCUCACCGAGAAGUUUAGUGAUUGA